AUGAACCAGUUUCAGCUUCGGGCGGCCGCGCCCGGCGGCGCCUUCAGCCUGGGCGCGCCCCGAGCCGCCACCACCACCGCGCCGCGGCGGCUUCUCCUUCUCCGCGCCCCGCCUCCCACCUCGGGCGGGCUUCAGCUUCGGCGGCGCGGCGCCGGCGGCGGGCGGCGGCCAGCCCGCCCGGGCUCUUCUCCUUCAGCAGUGCCGGGCGCGGCCGCGCCAGCCUCCGGCUUCAGCUUCGGCUCCGGCUCGGCCGCCGCCCGCCCCCCGCCGCCCGGCGGCCGCCGCUUCCCGCUGGGGGCCAACACACCAAAAGUGAACUUUGGAGCCAGCACUGCCACUGCAACUCCUGGAAUCACGGGGAGCUUUUCUUUUGGUACCCCUGCGGCAACUAGCACUCCCUCGAGUCAGGCAGCAGCCCCGUCUGGCUUUGCCUUUGGCUCUGCUGGCACCAGCAGCACCAGCACGGCCCCGGCUGGGACAACAGGAGGCUUCACCUUCUCCAGUGGCACCACGACUCAGGCGGGAGCAGCCGGGUUCGGCGUCGGCACCGCGGCUCCGCAGGCAACGUCCGCAGGGCUGACCUUUGGCACGGCCCCUGCGGCUGCUGCCACCACCAGCACGGCCACCCUGGGAGCUGCCGCCCCGUCAGCAGCGCCCUUCAGCCUUGGGGGGCAGCCCACAGGUGUAACCUUUGGGCAGCUGCCCUUCAACAGCAGCCGCCAGUACAAGCACGGCAACGCUGACCACAAGUACCAGCCAGGCGCCCACCCUGUCCUUUGGAACCAAGCUUGGAGCCACAUCCACAGCUGCCAGCACAGCCUCCACCAGCAGCAGCACCUCAGUGCUGGGCUCCCACGGGGCCCUCGUUGUUUGCAUCUGUGGCAACUUCUCAGCCCCAGCCUCCUCCAGCAGCACAGGGCCUCUCACGUGUAG